AUGGCUCCCGGGAUUCUCGUUGACGAGCCUACCAAGGCUCCCUUCACACCUCCUAUUUCUAAGCGCAACGACGAUGCUCCCCGGCAUAUCUUCCCCGACGGGAUCCGCACUUCGGGCCAGCACCCACCUCUCUAUGAUCUCCUCAAGCCUUAUGAAGCUUUCCCAAAGGAGAUCACAGGGCCUACUGUUUGGAAAAAGGAAGAUUUCGUUGACCACCCCGAACGUUGGAUCCAUCGCUUCACCGAGGAAGAGAUUGAUGAGCUCUCUGAGGCUACAGACGCUUUUAUCGCUAGCGGUACUCCGCUGGAAGGCAUCUCGAAAGAGUUUUUCCCCCUUCCCAAACUUGCGCCCACUCUUGCAGCCCUACGUGAUGAUCUCCUCAACGGCAAGGGCUUUAUCCUCUUCAAGGGUUUUCCCGUAGGGAAAUGGGAACCCCUAAAAACUGCGGCAGCCUAUAUGGGUCUCGGCACUCAUUUGGGUUACUUCGUCUCCCAGAACGGCCUCGGGCACGUCCUGGGCCACGUCAAAGACGUUGGCGACAACCCGGAGCAGAUUGACUCUGUGCGCAUCUACCGCACGGCUGCCCGUCAAUUCUUUCACGCCGACGACUGUGACAUCGUCGGGCUUCUGUGCCUGCACCGUGCCCAAGAGGGCGGUGAGAGCGACAUCGUGAGUGUCCACAAUGUGUGGAACAUCCUCCAACGGGAGCAUCCAGAUGUCGCAGAACUGUUGACCAAGCCCAUCUGGUACUUUGACCGCAAGGGCGAGGUGUCAAUUGGCCAGGAGGAGUACAUUCGACAGCCGGUGGUGUAUCUCGAGAAGGAUGGGAGCAAGGGUCGGUUGUACUGCAAGUGGGAUCCGUACUAUGUUCGGUCGCUUUGGCGUUUCUGGGAUAAGGGCCUAUUGCCGCCACUGAGCGAUGAGCAGAAGAGGGCGAUGCAGAUUCUGGAAGAUACAUGCCAACGUGAAGCGUUGCACAUGAUCCUUGAAGUAGGAGAUAUCCAAUUUGUGAGCAACUCACAUUUGCUUCACGCUAGAACAGCGUAUAAAGACUUCGCUCCCCCAGCUCCGCGUCGUCAUCUGCUUAGACUGUGGCUUGCCACUCCUGAAGGUGAAGGUGGCUGGGCUUUGCCCAUGCCUGAUAGCCAUGAGAAGAAACGCGGAGGAGUUCAGGUCAACGACACUCCGCCAAGGGCCCCGCUAGAUGCAGAGUGA